AUGACAUAUAAAGAAAUAGAAAAAGAUGGUAUAAAAAUAGCUUAUAAAGUUGAUAUGAAAGUAGAUAGCAGUUCACCAGCAGGAAUUUCUAAAAGCAUGGGCAGAGCUAUGAUAGGUUUUGCUGAUUAUUUUGAAGUAUCUAAACCAGAUGCAAUUCUGGUGUUAGGUGAUCGCUAUGAAACCUUAGCUGUUUGCUGUUCUGCUAUGAAUGCACAGGUUCCUAUUUUUCAUCUAUAUGGUGGUGAGACUACAGAAGGUGCUAUUGAUGAAGCGGUUCGUCAUUCCAUUACAAAAAUGAGCUAUUUGCAUUUUACAAGUACGGAAGAAUAUAGGCAUAGAGUUAUUCAGCUGGGAGAAAAUCCCGAUAGAGUUUUUUGUGUAGGUGCAGUUGGUAUAGAAAAUGCCUUAAAUGAACCUAAGAUUAGCAAAAAAGAAUUAGAACUGUUCACAGGAUUAGAUUUAUCAAAUCCUUAUGCUGUCAUGACCUUUCAUCCAGUUACAUUGGAAAGCGACCUAUUGGAACAAUGCAGUGAGGUUUUAGCUGCCAUAGAAAGUUUUCCUGAAAUUCAAUUUAUUAUAACAGGGGCUAAUGCAGAUUGUGGUGGUAAUGAUGUAAACAAUAUGUUAAUGAAGUAUGCAGAAAAUCAUAAUAAUGUAUUCUUUAUUUUAUCAUUAGGAUUAACCAGGUAUUUAUCUGCACUAAAUUAUGCGGCAUUUGUAUUGGGAAAUUCAUCUAGUGGCUUAGUGGAAGCACCAUCUUUUGGUAUUCCUACAGUAAAUAUAGGUAAUAGACAAAAAGGAAGACUACGUAGUGAAUCGGUUAUUGACUGCGAGACUAAGAAAGAUGAGAUUGUUAAUGCUAUUGACAAAGCAUUGAGUAAUGAAUUUAAGGCUAUAGUAAAAAAUGCCCAAAACCCUUAUGGUGAUGGAAAUACAGUUAAUAAAGUAGUAGAGAUUAUUAAAAAGUAUUUUUAUGAGAAAGAAAUUAAUUUGCAGAAGAAAUUUUAUGAUGUUAAUUUCGAGCUCUAUAAAGAAUCUAAUACAGAAGAUGAUAUAGAAAUUGCAUUGAAUACAGACAGCGUAGAACUUGUAAAGUUAGUUCAGGAUAGUGAAAUACCAGUAGCCUACAUAGAGAGAAAAGAAAAUUUGGCUGGCGAUGUAGUUGCAAAAAAAGAUGUAAUUGCUGAUACUUGGAUUGAAAUGGAAAAAUCAGAAGGUAAAAAAUAUGAUAUGAUUGUUGAUUGUGAUAUUACAUCACCGCUUCGUACUGUAGAAGAUAUAAAAAAUCUGAUAGAAAAAAAGAUGUCGUCUGAUUUUGAUGUAGUGUUUUCCGUAACAGAUUCUAGACGUAAUCCAUACUUUAAUAUGGUAUCAGUAAAUGGUGAUGAUGAGGCUGAUGUAGUGAUAAAAAGUAAAUUUACUGCACGUCAGCAGGCACCACAAAUUUUUGAUAUGAAUGCAUCUUUAUAUGCAUAUAGUCCACAUUAUUUAUCCAAUGAGGGGCAUAUGUUUGAUUUUAAGUGUGGAACAAUAUUCAUGAGAGAUACUGCUGUUCUUGAUCUGGAUAAUACAUGUGAUUUUGAAUUUAUGGAAGUUAUUGCAGAAUAUUUAUUUAAGGUAGAUAUUGGUAUGGCAGAGAUAAGGAAAAAAGCUAUGGAGAUACUGUAUAGUUAUAACAAUAGCCUACUAUGA